AUGGUGGCGGGGCAAUCCGGAUCAACAGCACAAGGGAGUUCGCCGAGCCUCUCCACCUCGCUGCAGGAGGUUUUCCUGCGCUACGAUCCCAAAGAAUGUCGGCACAGCGCCAAUGGACCAGCAGUAGAGGAAGUACGCCCGAUGCUGGGGAACCGAUACUUCAACAUGGACCACCUCGCCCUGUGGAAGCCGUCGUUGCUCGCGUCUCUAGGCGAAACAUGCCGUCGCGCCGUUUACGUAAACGAGUAUCAUGCACUUCUGUGCAGUCGGCGACUGGUUCUGGUGAAUAACAAAGGCCGGUACAUUGUCUUCCCCCCUUUUUGCGACACUCUGAACGAUGCCUACGUGGAGAGGGUAUCCAAGACGUGCACGCUAGUGCUUGCAGCCGUUGCAUCUGGCGUUCACGUGGCCCUUGUUCGGGACUCUGACAGCCGGAAAGCUGAUACGCUCCAGAGCGCCUUUUGCUCUACCGCGUCUGCCGUCGCUUGCAUUCACCACCUUGGAAAGAACUUCUACGGCUUGUGCUGUGAGAACUGCAGCGUGGAGGGGUUGGCAAUCACGUUCGACAACACGCACUCGCUGCAUCCUGAACUGCAUGCGAAUUUGUUGCCCAGCCGACACAGCUGGGCCCAGGCAGCUUACGGCUACCUGUCCCCGAAGAGGUAUGUGCACAGCCUCUUCGAUCGGCACAGGGGGUAUCUCCUGAUGCUCUCCAGCCGGAAUGUGUCGCUGUGGCUGUACAGCGAUGAAACUCAUUUGCAGCUCGAGUGCUCCGCCGCGCUUCCCCAGGAGGCGGUUGCAGCGAUUGUGCCCCCGUUGCAGGAUGAGUAUGGAGAGACGCAGGUGGCUGCCCUCAUCACCAGCAGCGGCGGCCGUGUGCCGGUUCAUUUGUGCACCACGGCAGGCAAGCGCGGAAACUUGCGGUCGCUCUCCGUGGGUGAGCUGCGCGGUCUCCCUGGUGGGGUGACAAACACGGUGGUCUCACUGGCAUGCGCGUGCGGUUCGUCGCUGCUUUUGGCGGAUCAGCUGACCUCGUCUCUGCUUCUCGUGACUCGCUGCGAGCCGUUUUGCGAAGCCCCUGGCAGUUCCACGACACACGUUGUCACACAGCACUUCUUAGGAAAGCCUAUCUGCGGCGUCGGUGUCGAGAAGAGCGUGCGCGAUGGCGGCAGCUUUCUCACCUUUGUCGUGUACUGUGGGGACUCGACGAUUGUGCGUCUGGGCCGCAUGCCCCGUGGUCAACUCCUGCAGCGACAAUUUGCGGCCUCCGUAACGAGUGGCAUUGAUGCGCUCAGCAAGCUUCAACCGCAGGCGCGGGUGGUCCUUCUCCUUGACGCGGUACUAAGCGGCCUCCCGAUCUCGUACCUGUCACAGUCCCUCGAACCCCUUCUCCAACCGUGGGCGGCGACAGUGCGUGGAGUGCGCCUGUCAGAUGGCGCUCGUGGCAUCAUCCAACAUGCAAUGCAGGGCUUGAGUGAGCUGUCGCGUUUGUGCUUGUCGUUUCACUACUGGCGACUGACGGAGGAGCUGGCGCAGUCGAGAUCUCGGCUGGAGAAGAGUUGCACCGUUCUCACCGAGGUGCUGAACCGUGGCGGCUGGCUGGACUGCCCUACGCGGCAGAGACUGGAGUGGGACGAUGACGUUCUGGUGCGCGCAGACGGCAAGCUGACAGACAUCAGCGCUGUGGACGCCCAGGCAGAGGUUCUGCAGCUGCUGCUGUCAUCUGUGAAGAACGCUACAACGAUCGCGUGGCUUUACGAUUUGCUCCUGCAGACCGGCACCACCUAUCGAUUUCCUGGCCGACUGGAGGACCUACUGUGGAAGAGCGACCCGGUAACGGUGCAAGUGUCGCUGUGCAAGGAUCUACUGGCAAGGCACGACAAGGACAUCACGGAAAAGCUCCUGCAGAAGGAGCACGUGCUGCCGCAGCGCUGCCGCCUCGCCGCGACCCUCCUGUCACUGGUGUUGGACCGGGCGCUCGAGCCUGUCAUGACAUACACACGACGGCACAUCCUCGAUAUUGUACAGUAUGAUCUUCUCUCGUACACGACGGACCUCCUCGAGUCCAGCUUUCCUACCUCGCAGCCUCGCAUCCGCCUCCUGGUGUACCGCUACCCGUACGAUCACAGCGUCUCAUCCGACAUCUUGUCGAUGGUCGAAGCCAUUUCUUCAACCGGCGAUCUCUACAACACACUGGUGACCAUUCUUGGCGACGCGGCGUGCGACAGCGAGCUGAGCUCCGUCCUGCUCGACUGGAUGGAGUGCCACACCCUCGCUGACCAUCGGAUUUUGACUUUUGCGAAGGUUGUCGUGGACAUGGGACUCUGCGUCGACCCGGCGCACACCUUGACAGGGCGUUUCUUUUCGUCGGUCAAGCAGCAGGCCAACGGAAACACGCAGCAGGCGGCGCUGCGGUUUGCCGAGCUGGCGCGCAGCAACUUGUCUGUACCCCUCGACGGACGGCUUCUCGCCAUCGAGCACGCCAUCACUGCCGUGCCGUCGGACGACAAUCGACUGGUUCAGUUCCUGUUGCUGCUGCAGCAGCAGCUGGCCAGUCUCAUCGCCGAGCACCUGGCCGUCGGCAAGGAUCUCGUUUUCGCGCGCGGCACCGUGGAGGCGGAUCUGCGGGCGCUGCGGGAACACUACGUCGAUGAGAACUCUCUCUUCGAACUGGCUGGACGCUACAAAGUGCUGGGCGGGUGCAGCAUCCAGCUCGACUUGCUGAAGAUCCACUCAGAUUCUCCCGAGGUGCUGAUUGCCAAUGCGCUGACCGGUGUGCUGACGUUCCUCAAGGCUGUGGGGCUGUCUGCGCCACAGGCGGUGCAGCGUGUUCUGCGGGAGUACCUCGGCACCUUUCAGGCCCCAUUGCCCCUCUUCCCGUUUGUUGAGUUUCUUGCCUUUGAUGGCCAAUCCCCAGCCCUGGCCAUUGACGAGCUAGAGAAGGUCGGCGUGCCGCUGCCCACCAUUUUUGACACCUUCAUGAGCUUGCUGGACGGUCACCGCAAUCCGCUUUUUCCGAUUGGUGACACGGUGCUGGCGCUGGGGCAGCUGGUGCCCAAGAUCAGCCCUGCUGUUCAGCACAUCUGCGCAGCACACUUGCUAGAGUGCAGCCGGAGCAUGCUUGCAGGAGAGCAGCGUGCCAUUGCGUUGACAGAGGAGGAUGUGCACACCGUCAAGCGCAUCGGGGACGACAUGCGGAAGCUGUCGCAGAGGAGCUAG